GGCUUGAAUUCUGUGCUAGGCGCGAGGCGGGGCGUCUUUUUCUGUGGUACAGCGUGGAGGCUUAUCGGUUACCCAGCCGGAAAAACGGAACAAUGCUUGCUAACGAAUUAUUUCUAGAGUGAGAUUAAAUCGAAAAAACCUCGUUCAGAAACUGUCCCACUCCUCCACUGCGUGCCGGUCCGAGAAUUUCUAGGGCGAAAAAAUGCUAACCAAGACGGUGUUUGCACGUUCUUCCCUAUGCCCUGGUCAAUCAUUAGCUUGCAGUUUUCAAAUAUGUAAUCAAUUAUUGUUUCCCUGUAGUUCGAAAAUUCGAUUCAUUGGAGCAAGAGAAAAACCCAUGGUUUGCCCGCUAAAGGCUAGUUUUUGGGAUUCCAUCAGAUCUGGCUUUUUGAAGAGCAACAUGACACAAGUUGUUGAACCACCCUCAACUUUAUCAGAAGAGGAAGAACCAUUGCCUCAGGAGAUUGUUCUUGUUGAGAAGACUCAACCAGAUGGAACAAUUGAACAAAUACUUUUUUCUUCAGGUGGGGAUGUUGAUGUCUAUGAGCUACAAGCCUUGUGUGACAAGGUAGGCUGGCCUCGGAGGCCACUGUCAAAAGUAGCUGCUGCUUUGAAAAAUAGCUACAUGGUAGCCACUUUACAUUCCAUAAGGAAAUUGCCGGGGACAGAGGGGAAUGAUCAAAAGGAGCUUAUUGGCAUGGCACGUGCUACGUCAGAUCAUGCGUUCAAUGCUACAAUUUGGGAUGUUCUUGUUGAUCCUUGCUAUCAGGGCCAGGGUCUAGGAAGGGCCCUUGUGGAGCAGCUUAUUAGGGCUUUGCUGCAGAGAGAUAUUGGCAAUAUAACUUUGUUUGCUGAUAGUCAAGGAGGGUCACCAGAAGCAGAACGGAAGUGGGGACCUAUCAACUGGUAUUAGAGCCCAGCUGCGAUGCCAACCACCAGGUCUUCGUCUGCAGAAGAAAGGACCGAUCACAUUGAAGUAGAAGUGCGGUAGACCACCAGUGAGUUGAGAGAAAUCAAAGAGACCCUCUUCGCUUUGGUAGGUCAGUUCGAACGGAUGUCCUCGGCAUUGAGACCCACAGAUGUUGAAGGAUCUAGCAGCAGCGGUGUUAGGAGGGGUGGAGCGUUUCCAGUCAAGGCUGUCAAAAUUGAUUUUCCUCUUUACUCAGGUGAUGAUCCUGUUCCUUGGAUCUAUCGGGCCGAACGCUACUUUGAAUCCCACGAGACCCCAGCACACCAGAGAGUCUCAAUUGCCGCUAUACACAUGGAUGGUGAGGCUAUUAUGUGGUACCAAUGGUACCGUAAGACCCACGCACAGACCACCUGGUUGGACCUGAUCGAAGCCUUACAUGUGAGGUUCGGUCCUUCUGGUUAUGAAAACUUCAAUGAGUCACUCCCGGAUGAGACAGACAGGAACAGUGAGGGAGUACCAGAACGAAUUUGAACGGUUGGCCACCCGGGUUCAUGGCUGGCCGGAGGCUGCUCUGGUGGGAUGUUUUAUAGGUGGCUUAAGGGAGGACAUCAAAUCGAAGUGAAUACCAUGCAGCCGACCACAUUGAUGGCAGUGGUGGGAUUGGCUAAGCUCCAGGAGGAGAGGCUGGACCAACUUAAAAAGCUGGGGAGGCCUAUUGGGCCUCAAGCGGGCCCAACCCAGAAGGGACCCUAUCCCAAGACUGAGUCGAAACCUGGUCCUCUUCUUCCAACCCCGACCCCAACCACAACUACCCUCAAACCGGUUCCCUUACCUGUUCCACCUAACAAGAGAACUGGAGCACUGACCAUCCCUUAUCGGAAAUUAUCCUGGACAGAAAUACAGGCCCGUAGGCAAAAAGACUUGUGCUAUAAUUGCGACAAAAAUUCGUUCCUGGUCACAAAUGCAAGGCCCAGCAUGUGUAUCUCCUACAAGUAGAAGGAGAGGAUGAUUUUGAAACACAAAUCGGCGGCCUAGGGGUUCAGCAGAAGGAGGUGGUACCGGAGGUAGAAUAUUGUGUUAUCUCCCUUCAGGCCCUAGCUGGUUACCAGGCCCCAAGAACCAUGCGGGUCCAGGGGCAGAUAUCAGGGAAGAGAGUGGUUAUCUUGAUUGAUAGUGGGAGAUCUCUGAAUUUCAUUACUCCCAGAUUAGCCAAACAACUCGGGUUAAUGAUAAAGCCCGUUUCUCCAUUUGUAGUCGACGUGGCUAAUGACCACCAAAUCACUUGUGAAGGAAGGUGUAAAUCGGUUGAAUUGAAGAUUCAGGGGUACAGCUUUAGAGUGGACCUACAUCCGUUAGAAUUCAUGGGGCAGAUGUUGUCUUGGGCAUACAAUGGUUACAGUUACUGGGCCCCGUGGUUUGUAAUUGAGCUUACUUGACAAUGCAAUUCACCUAUGAGGGGAGUUACUACACAUUAAAGGGGGUUAAGACCCAACCCAUAAUCGCUGACAGCUUGGAGGUUAUACUUAAGAGCUGCCAACAUGACUCUAUUCCCUUAUUGAUGAGCAUGGGCUCAAUGCCUACUGGGCCCAUUGUCUCUCCACUCUCAGGAAACACUAGCCCUUCCCCAAGUCAAACCCAAUAGCUCCAGCUACUACUACAAACCUACUUCGACAUUUUCCGAGAACCCACUUCAUUGCCACCCCCUUGAGCCCAUGCCCACCAGAUUCCCAUCCAACCCGGAGCCCUACCUUCAAAAGUGAGACCCUAUCGCUAGCCCCAUUAUCAGAGAGUAGAAGUGGAGCGUAUGGUGACAAAACUGUUAGACAAAGGUUUUAUCCCGCGCAACAGCAACCCAUUUUCGUCUCCAGUAAUUUUGGUAAGAAAGAAAGAUGGUAGUUGAAGAUUCUGUGCGGACUACAGAGCCUUGAACCACAUCACAGUUAAGGACAGAUAUCCAAUACCCCUGAUUGAAGAACUAUUUGAUGAGUUAGGACAAGCUAAAUACUUUUCCAAGAUGGACCUACGGUCAGGCUACCAUCAGAUCUGGGUCCACUCGGAGGACAUUCACAAAACUGCAUUCAGAACUUCGGAUGGGCAUUUUGAAUUUCUAGUGAUUCAUGAAAGGAAUUUUCAAGUUGGGCCUCCUCAUUCCAGAGACUCAUUAAAGGAAUUUUCAAACCUUAUCUGUGCCUAUUUAUGCUUGCUUUCUUUGGUGAUAUACUUGUGUACAACCCAAGUUGGGCCCCCCAUUUGGAACAUUUGUAGUGUGUGUUGGGCCUACUACGUCAACACCAAUUGUUCGCUAAACCCUCAAAAUGUUCAUUUGGGCAGACCCAGAUCAGUUACUUAGGGCACAUCAUCUCUAGCA